AUGUCUGGCGCUCUUCGCUCUGCGGGACCGCGGAGCGUACGAUUACUGCUGUCAUGGCUAGCAGUCUAUGCAGCCCUUGUUGGUGCCUCUCCCACACCGGUCGUUGAUGCUGACAACGACAACAUUGCUCUCUCCGUUUCCGAUGGCACGCUCGACAAGCGAGUCGUAGGGCAAUUUCCAACAUUCACCAAUGACUACAACGGUCGUGUCCGGAAGGGGUACUUUCUUAAGAUGCUCAUGCCAUUGAACGACGCAGCCGCAGCACAGCUGAACGAAGGUCGUGCUGUUUCCAGCCCGUGGCAGGAUCCUCGCUGGGUGGAAUAUUGGGGAUGGGUUCGUAACCCGACGGUAUGGGGCCCGUUCGAGGACGAUGCCUUGGAUAAUGACCCUGACGGCGCGCCUGGGUUUGUCAGGAAAUGGGAACGGCAAGUACUUUGUGCUUACUAUAAGAAUGUGUUCAACCCGCGUUUUGGUGCGAUCAUGUUUGACGACAAUAUCAGCCCUCGAUCCGAAAUUGCCACGAACGGACUCGGAGACGCACCAGAACUCGAACAAUUAUCUGAUAUUGCAUACUUCCAGUGGCUGUAUGCUUGCAGAGAAAAGAACAUCCAUCCUGCCAACAUCAGGCUCAUCUUCCGGGCCAAGAUCACAUACGCUCCCAGCUUCGAGCUGAUCGCGCUGGCUUUGUCUGACGCCGGUUAUGGACGUGUUCCGGGCUGGGACCGACGGGCCACGUUUGGGAUGGACACGCGGCCGGGGCUUGCCAUCUUGGGGUCCACCCACGGCUCCGGCGCUGCCUUGUUCUUGAUCCAGCAUAAGAGGAUUCUUGGCCUGAAGAAGAUAACUCAAGUGACAGUAUGGGGAGAUAACGGCGGCUUUGCUCUCGAUUCUGACGCAGAACGCGUAGCCUUGAAUCUGAGGUUUGUCGUUACCAACGCUUAG